AUGGCAAAAAGCACGUUCAAGCAAGAGCAUGACCUAGAGAAGAGAAGGGCAGAGGCUGCUCGGAUUAGAGACAAGUAUCCAGAUAGAAUUCCGGUGAUUGUUGAGAAGGCUGAGAAGAGUGACAUACCAACCAUCGACAAGAAAAAGUACCUAGUCCCGGCCGAUUUGACAGUGGGGCAAUUCGUCUAUGUCAUUCGCAAAAGAAUCAAACUGAGUGCAGAAAAGGCUAUCUUCAUAUUCGUUGACAAUGUUCUUCCUCCAACAGGUGCGCUUAUGUCUGCUGUGUACGAAGAGAAAAAGGAUGAUGAUGGCUUCCUCUAUGUCACGUACAGCGGAGAGAACACAUUUGGGUUUGGAUCUUCAUAG